AUGGACCUUCUCCGUGCUCUAGAUGUAUUGUCGACAUCACCAAUCGACACUGACGAUCAGAACCUUCGAAAGGAGAAGAUAGAUGCAUGUCGUACGAUUGCCGAGCAGAUAUGCUCACCAACCAUCAGGAAUAACUCUGACUUUCCUAGAUUCCUAUCGAUAACGCUCUCAUUGUUGCUACGAGCACAUGGUGAUAAAGAUCUCAACGUCUACUCUGUCGCUGAAGAGAGUUUAAAUAGAACUAUAAAGAUAUUAAUAUACACAUACCAUGAGAGGAUAUUGUAUGAGUUGUUUAGAGUAUUAAAGGGACGUCCAAUGGAUCGCAAAUCAAAGGAGAGCUCAAGUGGUGAUCCUAUGACUACCACUACAUCGACAGACAAACAACAGCAUACAUCUACAACAAGCUCAUCAUCAUCAUCAUCAACAUCAAGUAGCAGUGUACUGUCAACGGCAUAUGCCAUCCUUAGCAAACCAUUCCCUUUAAAGUCACAACGUAUCGCACUUACAAAGUUUGGAGAGGUGUGCAGCUUUAUCCGUCCGUCCAAGAGCAGGAAGUACAUCACCUCAUUGAUUGGACCCAUCAAUCACCUUCUCUCAAUGACCAACGAUGAGGCCCUGCAAGAGUCGAUAGCACAGUCCAUGGAGUCGAUUGCCCGUGUAUUGAUCACCUACCUAAAGGACAGCGAGAUGACACAGGUUAUCGAAGUCUUUUUGCGCAAUCUAGCACACGGAUCUGCUGCAGUGCGUAGAGCUUCGUCAUUCUGCAUUGUAUCUAUCUGUCGCCACUAUCCACGUCCAAUCUUUGAGCAGGUGAUCGACACACUACACACAUUCACCACGCCGAGCAACACAGUAGCUUCCGACCAUCCCUCCAACAAGAUGCUUGGUGUACUCUUUACCUAUCUCCAGUUGGUAAAGCUAUCUGAAGAGUCUUCUACUAGUCAUGAUCCAGUUGAAAGACAUCAAUCAUCAGGUUCCACAACACCAAACAAUACAGUGCCAAUCACUGAUAUCUUCUCCAACAGACUACAGUUCUUCCUACAGUUCAUUCUGAAGCUUCUCAAGUCCAUCGACAAUGAGUCGUACGAUCACAAUGUAGUUGGUGCCAGUCUAGAGUUGCUACAACAGCUGCUGGUUACAUUUGGAAAGUAUGACUAUGUGUGGCCCAAGCCCCUUGUACAGCAGACUGUACACCAGCUUCGCUUGAUGGCCUUCUCUCCACAGUCCACCAUUCGUGUCAGUCUAAAGGCCGUUGUCAUUAAUUGUUUGGCACAAUCUGUCAAGUUUUUCCCUCGCACCUUCUACUCUGAGUUCUUUGCCGACCAAGAGGAACCAGUCCUAGCCCAACAGCUCUUUGACAACCUGAGUGUAUCGGAGAUUUCAUUCAAGUUGUUUGCAGACAUUUCAGCAGCAGGAGAGAAGGGUGAGCGUUCACUGGGUCUGUCCACCUCAACUCAAUCAGUGGGCAGCUUCACAUUGGACUCGAUUCCAAAGGAGGAAUAUCUUCAACAUCUUAGCGAUCCCGACCCCCUCCUGCGUGGAUCUUCAGCAUUGCUCAUCGGAUGUCUGAUCCGUGGCUUCCUAGAGGCCGACCACAUCACCAGCAACAACGUCUACCACCCCAUCAACACAACACUACUGCAAUCACAUCUUUGUAUCCCGUACCUCAUGGCUCAUCUACUUCGCGCUCUUCUCGACUCAUCUUCAAUCACAGCAAAGCUCUCAUGUACUGGUGUUGGAGAGUGUCUUCCCACGCUGUCGUUGAGUAAGCACAGUGACUGGGCUCUGGUGGCACUUCGACAUCUCUUGUGUAUCAGUUCAUCCACCUAUUGGCUGGUGAAGCUCGAGAUCCUAGAUACACUAUCAAAGAUUGACUACACGAUCAUCGAGUAUCUUGAGCAGAACAUUCAACAGAAGGCACAUGUACUCUGCACAUCGUCACCUGCGGACAAGGAGCCAGAGUCUGGAGGAUCAAUCGCCAUCGCCAUCCAGCCAAAGGUAUUGGACUUCCUCAUUGAACAGCUUGGAGACAAUGACUUUAGAGUGAGGAACUCUGCUGGCAUUGCCUUGGUCAAUAUAAUACCAAAGUUGGUAUUCACUGCACCACUCGACAAGAGAACAAUGAAAGGAAUAUCAUCAAAGGUCAGAGAGACAUUUGAUGUUCCAGGUUAUGAGAAUAUGGUCACCAAGAAAUCCAAGAUUCUUUCUAAUCUCUCACAUGUUAUUGGAUUGAUCUGUGGUAGACUCUCCAAUCCACAUCCGGACGAUAUGAUCAGAGGAUGUUAUCAUGCACUCAAACUCAUCUGCCAACAGUACUCGUUCCCUCUCUUCACACCACAAUCAUGCCGAACACUGUUGUCCACAUUGCCCAACCAGAUGCUCUCCUUUGUUGGUGACAUCCUUCCGUUGGCACUGGACAGAGUGGGAAUCAUCACUUGGAUGGCCACAGACUUUGACCUUCACAUUGACAUUAUUGAUAUUCUGGCCUACCUGAGCCGAGGUGCUGAGAACGUCCUUGGAGCAUACUGCCAGAAUGUACUGCGACACAUCUGCAGAAUGAUAAACAUCAUGUCCAACAUUGUUCAGUUCCGUCCUACGCCACCUCUCAAGGAGGUCAAACCAUUGGUAGCGGCGGGCAGCAGUGGAUCUCUGGUCAACAGUCCCCUCGUCAAGGCACCUGCACACCUUGGAGCCUUUACGCACAGCAUACACUACAUCAAGGUGUAUGCCAAACUACUUGCCGUUCGACAGAAUUCAAUAACGAUAUUUGGUGCCGACAAGUUCAACCAGGUGCGAUCAUCGGCAUUUGACGCACUAGCAGUCAUUCUCAAGUGCUCUGGCAAGUCAAUACUCCCCUACACAGAAGAGAUCCUUGGAUAUCUUACCUCUCAUUUCGAACAAGAACCACUGGCUGUUACAAAGUGUGUGACAGAGUUGUUCCUAGUCACCUUCAAGCCAACACCACUUGUCUCUAUGAGCAAUCUAUCACUUCAACCAAACCGAUCAUUGUCAAAGGAUAAUCUAAGCACCAACAACAACAACAACAACUCACCAACAUAUGAACCACGCUCUGUAGAGAUGACACCAGCAUCUGACAACACACAUGAUGCAUUGUUCUCCAAUACCAAGUCUGUGUUUUCGUCGUUCCUCACACUUGGCUCUCCUGUUGUCAACCAGUUCUACGAGUAUAUGGAUCCAGCAUCAUCACAGUCUAUCAACUACAGCUACAGCAAUCAAGAGGUCAACCGCAUCACGUCAUCCGAGGAGAAGAGGACCAUCUUUAAGCAAUUCGAACCACUGAUCACGAGUUGCAUCAUUGAGUACCAGAACACACACGAUCUCGAGUUGAAGAGAGCACUCAUAUCAAUGUUCUCAAAGUUGUCAAAGUUUGGAUUGGAUCUGUCACAAUUCGACCGAGAGCAGAAGUUGCCACUCUUCCUUUUGGAUGAACUGAAAGAGACACAAUGUCUCCUGUCAAUGCCUGCUCAGCAACUUCCCCAUCUCUACGACUUGGUUGGCUCAAUGUUCCUGACCCGCAGGAUGUAUCCCGAUGUAUUCCCAGUUGAGGAGAUCAAACGUCUGCUCUAUGAAGUCGAUCCAAACACUGGAGCAAGGCCUCAACUCUCGUUCCCUACUGCCACAAUACUGGGCAGUUGCCACUCAUUCGUCAAGUACCUUUACGAUCCCACGGACAAGUACCCCGACCAAGAGCUCCGUGAUGGCUUCCUGCAGUUCUUGAUCGCCAACCUGCACCACACUCAAUCGGUCGAGGUUGCCAUCACCAUCAUCAACACUGUUCGAAACAACAACACACUGUAUAGCAAAUACUCCAAUCUCAUCGUGCCCAAACUAUUCAAUGGUCUGGCACUUAGCGAAUCACCAUACUUUGUCAUCUCAUCGAUACGCGAUGUCUACAGAUUGUACUCUCUGAUCGACCGUCUCCAUCCAAGCUCAGUGACCGCAUCCCGCUGGGCAGACGCCCUCCUAUCAGUUUCACCAGAGUUUGUCAACUCCCCACUGUCCACCAAGAAUGAUCCAUUGAAGAGCAAACGUAUUCUAUUGCUCAAGGAACGUCUGCUUGAAGAGUAUGACCUUCGAUGGCUACCUACACUUGUGAUAUUACUUCGAACUGGACUCAAGGUACAAGAGGAGACUAGGAUAUCAUCAUCACGUCAGUCACUCUAUCUGGGCUACCACGACAACAAACACAACGCCUCGCCAGCAGCCAACAUCAUCUCUCAGAUUAUAUUCAAGUUGUUGAGGAAUGCCGUCAACUUGUUCUCCACGUUCAAGCCCACAGACCCACUGUUCUCAGAGCUGAUCAAUCACAUGCUCUACUAUACUGGUCUAUUCUUCAAUCGCAGUCUUUUGCCUAGCAAUCCCAAGCCCAGUCUCUUCCUUCAGAGCUUCAAGACAUGCGUUGACCCUGCCAUUGUACAUGAAGUCGUGCAUCCACUAUUGACCUACGGUGGAACCUCAGUGUCUAUACACGCAGUACGAUUCCUCAUGCUGCUCGGCCGUGAGCACAUGGACUUCCGUGGAUAUGCUCUCGCAACCAAGUGGCAAAUCAUUGGAUGUGAACACUUCUUGACACACCACGUCAUAUUCCUGUUGUUCUGCCAGUCACUGAUCAUCAACAACUCUGUGACACCCCAAGUGUUUACCGAGUCCUUCAUGGACAAGAUGGUGCUGCUCAUCAACGAACCAAUCGUCAAGAAACUGAUCGACACUGUCAAGGAUGAUCCAACCUUGGCCAGUAUCCUGACGGAGCAUCUAAAGAAGAUCUUCACCAAGACGCACUCAUUGGAUCUGCGUCGCAAACAGAAGUUGUUGAGACUACUGUCCUACCUGCCCAUCACGCGUGAGACCGUUCAGAUGUUGAUCAUUCACUUUUUGCAAACGGAUGACAUCUCUUUACAGAUCGCAGGCGAGCGCAUCCUCAAUCUCUCAAUCAACAGACUCAUUGACAACACCAAGAGCCCUGCCGACGGUCUGUCCAUCAUCCAACACCUCUAUUCACUGUUCAUGUCCAACUUUUAUACGUCAACCACGAACCUCUCCAUCCAAUCAACCUUUCUAAAGUUGAUCAAGAACCUGUCCACGAGCAAUCCGCAACAAACAACUGCAUCAGUGUCACCAGCAGUGGACAAUAUCUCCAAGCUUCAAAAGCCAAUCUUGGAACCACAGAGCACUUCAACACCAGACGAGUUUAGAAAGCUCAAGACCAUUGCCUACUCAGACCUGAUCGACCUUCUCAAGUCUCAGUACCAUACGUCCAGUCAUCAGUCCUUUACCAAGCUCUGGAUACUGUCUCAGGUGGACCGAGAUGCUGUCUUGGAGCUUUUAUCAUCAACCAAGCUGGACACUUCGUUGAUUCCAACCUUCAUUGCAUCACCCUACUCGAUCAACUUUGAGCAUGCAAUUCAGUCACACCUAGAGGCAAAGAUUGAGUCACUGCUGUCCUCCUCGUUGGGAGAGGUGGGCAGUGAUCCUCUGCGCAGUGGUCCUCCACUGCUCACUGACAGUGUGUGGGAGGAGUUGCGUGAGACAACAAGAUGUCUCUCAUCAUACAUCAACAAAUAUGGUGCAUCAGGCUUCAACGAGGCACAGCUACUCAAGAUAUCGAUAUGGGCAUUCGUUGAGAGCUUUAGAAGGUGGCGUGCCGAAGUCAUCAACCCCUACGACUUUAAACUCGUACUGGAGCUGUCGAGAUCCAUAAUACAUAAGAGUCCUGCAUCUAUUCUUACGAUCACUGACGACUUUUCAUGGUGCUCCCUACUGCUCUGCUUGUAUAAGUUCUACUGUCUCGUCAUUCGUCCUCACUUUGGCUACAUAUCUGGACAGCGCGAACUUGAAGAGAACUACAGUCAGGACCCUACACAGAUAUCGCUCACUCAAUCAAACGAGAUGGUCAAGUUCCUCGUGUCACUGCUCUACAAUCGCAACAGUUGCAAGCCAAUGGAGGGAUCACACAUUGGUCAACUGAUCUUUGAUUCAUUCAUUCGCUCCAUCGUGCCGCUUAGCUCCAAAGCCUUUGACUUUAUCUAUCCAGCACUGACAAACACCAUCACAGAGGAUGAGUACGGAGGUGGCAUCAUCCCCAACUGUCCACUCUUUGCCAGUACACUAUCCCCAGAGCAGAACCUGGAAGGAUUUGUUCGCUACAUCAACUUUGUUGGUCUGCCCGAUGACUUCCAGUUCAACAGGAUCUGGCAAAUAUUGGAGCCCAUCUUCUUUGCACCACUGGGAGACGCAGAGAUGGGCUCAGACGAGAUCACUGAGGAGUCCAAAUGCUUGGCUCUCAAGGGCAUCACACUGAUGAUACUCAAGGCCUGCUUUGAGAUCAGUGACAUCAAUGCAUCAACCAACCUACUGGAAACAUCUGGUAUACCACAUCCUCUCUACAACCAUGUACCUCGAGAGAAGGACCUGGUCUUCUUACGUACCCACAGUGGAAAGAAGGUCAACCGACUUCUCUCUAUCAUAUACGGUGCAUUGCCACAAUCAGAACUGCCUCUGGGAGGAGCAUCAGAGUACAGCAACCUUUCUGCGGUCAAUGAUGGCAACUCAUCGGCUGACAUGUCAAGCUACCACUUCAAUAUUGAACGAGCCUUUACCAAUGGACAGAUAACCUCUGGUCAGAUAUCAUUGGCGGACCUGAAGCAAUUCCGUCCACCAGUACACAUUGGUAUCAACUUUACACCAAUCAUCGAGAAGGCACUGCAGACAUUCGAAUCAUUCCUCAUCAACACUAUGUGUCCACCACUACUGCGCAAAGAGAUACUCAACUCGGUCAUUCUUCUGUCGGAUAUCUUCAACAGAGAUCAGUACAUGUGGAUGUACAGAGUGUUUGGUACGAUCUAUGCCGCAGAGGACAAUGAUGAUUUCCUCAUCAAGCAGCACAUCAUACUGGGCAUCUGCAAGGCUAUCACAGUUACAUAUCAACCAGACACUGUUGAAUCCCCAGCACACCAGGCACAGGUGUUUGAAAUGCUGAAGCAGGCAUUGGAGCAUCACAACAUCUCACUACAACAGGCCGCCCUCGAUGGCAUCCUCUACCUGUUGGAGGGUAAGGUCCACAGAUACAUCCAAGGUUCUCUCUUGCAGUUCUUGUUCAGGUGGAUACCGUCACGUCUGUCGACAUCGCCCUUCCCACCCAUCCCAUUGACCCUACGUGUGCUUUCCACAAUGUUCCUUUUGAUCGAACAGUACAGUCGCGAGUCAGAAGAGAGCUCCUUCACCAAGAGAGCCGUUGUCAUUUGCACCACUCUUGGACAACCAUCAAUACCAUUGCCCAUCGUGUAUGGAGUAUUCCGUGGACUCGAUCGUCUGUUGGUCUCAUUCUCUCUGUCACAUUCCCAACGAGAGUACAUCUCACACUUUGCUAUGAAGUCACUGCCCCACGAGAACCCGAUCCGAUCGAUGCUUGGCCUGGCACUGAUGGUCACUUGCAUGUACACUGGUGAUGAGACAGGCUCGUCAUCGAUGACUCCAUCAAUCAGCGGAAAGAAUCCCUUGAUGUCCUCACCAAACACAUCAAGCAACGCACUGGCCUUCAACGGUGGUUCACCAUUUGAACUGUCCCAAUCAAUGUCAUUCUCCUCAGACUCAAUACUCGAGCAAGAGGACAUGUUCAAUAUUGAUAGCACGGAGCGACAGCUCUACUCUCAGGUGAACAAUAUGGAGAAGGUCAAGAUGCUUUUUGAUAAGAUCAAACAAGUAUCACACUAUUCCUACGAGACAUUUGUAUUAUCAGAAGUGAUACCAACAGUCAUUGUUGACUUGUACCCAUCUGUGGAUCAAAUAUUGUCAUUCAUUCUUGGCGAGUUCCUCAAACAAGGAAAGUCCAAUCCAAAGUUGAUGUGUCAGAUCAUUUCCAAGGUGUUUGAAUUGUUGGUGGAGAGAGAUCCAUCCAAUCAGACACUGAUUAAUCACUGGAUCAUUAUUUGUUUGGAGAACUUUUUCCAGAUACAGAAUCCAGUGCAAUGUCAAUGGGCACUCACCUAUUUAUUCUUAUGCGCAUCACCAUUGGCACCAUUCAAACUAAUUGCCAUGGAACUCUCAUCCAAGAUCCAACCGAAUGACAAGUUGUUCAACAUUGCUGCAUCCGAGUUCUACUACAGCAACUCGGCGGACAACCAACGACAAUUUAUGAUCUCCUUCAAUAAGAUGAGGUUCGACCUAUGUAAUCUAAACCCUAUCAUCAACAUUCAACAACAGCAGCAAUAA